AUGCGAUGUGCAUUGUUUGGGGAUUAUGUUAAUCAAGUAAAUCAUUUCCUUGCCUCUGGGUAUGUGGAGCAGCCUGUUGUAGUCAUUCAACUUGCAAAAGUCAAGUUCUUUAGGGGUCAAGUAGGUCUUCAAAAUGUGAUGUAUGCCACUCAAAUGUUAUUUAAUCUUGAUAUUCCUGAAGUUGUUAAAUUCAGGCAGAGUAUGAUUAAGCAAGGUGUCAGUGGUACCCAGCCACUGUUUAUUGCAAAUGAGGGUAAAGUUCUCUCCUUGGAAGAUGAUUUCAUGCGUUUAACUAGAAAAUGCACUAUUGAAGAACUUCAAGAUAACAAUCAGGAGGGUUCUUUUAUCAUUUUUGGUGCAAUCCAAGGUAUUGUUGAGGAUGGAGGUUGGUGGUAUUCUGCUUGUGUGUGUGGAAAGGGUAUCUAUCCUCAAAAUGGUGCCUAUUACUGUGAUUUUUGUUUGAAGCACAUAACUAAUGUCUCUCCAAGAUUUAAAAUUAAAGUAACAGUUGAAGAUCAUACUGGGGAGGGUAUUUUCCUUCUCUUUGAUCGUGAGGCUUCUUAUUUGCUUAAGAAAUCAUGUGCUGACUUGUUUACUGAGGUUCAAAGAGAUGCAAGUCUUAUAUGUGGGGAUACUUAUCCUCCCAUAUUCCAAGGGCUCAUUGGAAAGAAGUUGCUGCUCAAGGUUGAUACCAAAGGUGUCCCACAUGAUACAUUUUAUGGGACUUUCCGAGUUAGGAGAAUUUGUGAUGAUUCCACCAUUAUUGCGAUAUUUGAACUUCCCAAUUAUGAUGCUGAUGAUGAGUCUACUCCAAAAAAGGAGCAUGAUUUACACAAAUCUGUUCCUCGUGGAAAAGCGGAUCCUGUUGUUUCCGGGGGGACUAAGUUUGUUGGCUUAAUUGAUGGUGAGCAUGGAAAAGAAGAGAAAACUCCCAGCAAUGAUACUGUUAGUGAUGAUCUUUCUGCUGAACUGGAUAUAUUGCUUAGCUCAGCAGAAAAAGAAACUCAGGAGCUGUUGUCCCAUGUUCUUGAAGCACCUUCGCAAAAUGGAGAGAAGCUUACCCAUGAAAAUCAUGUUGUCACCUCCAAGAGUAAGAGGAAUUUGAAUCCUCAAUUUGAAGAGGCUGCUGUUGAUGCAGAUGGGCGUGGGUUCAAGGUUGCCAAGGUUAAUGGAGUUUGA